AUGGCCGCUGCUGUCCUAUCCUCAGCGCUCAGCCUGAUCCAAGACCUGGUAACUCGCCCACGGUCUCAAUCCCCAUCCAAAGAUGCAGUAGCCAUUCACCAUGAUCUCGACAAGCUCAACGGAAGCAUGCUUCAGAUCCAACACCUGGCCGCGGACAUGGCGAAGGAGGAGGAGAACGGCAAGGACGAGACCGUGCGGCAUUGGCUCAGGCAGCUUAGAGGAGCGGCUUAUGAUGCCGAGGACUUGAUCGAUGAGUGCCGAUUCCAGCUGCUGGCUCGAUCCAACACCGACAACGGAGCUCAGAUGCCGCCGGAGGAGGUACAUGACCCAACCCACCCUCCAUCUCAACAUGGCAUUGCAGUCAGGAUUAGGAGCUUGAGAGAGCGGCUCGAUGAGAUUGCGAAACAACGUGAAACCCUCCACUGGGAGUCAUGCCGGGAGCUCGAUGCAGAAGCCGAGCUCCCACCGCCGUUGUUGUUCAACGUAGAUGACUCUGUCGUCUGCGGUAGAGACGACGACAAGCGUGAAGUGAUCGAGCUGUUGUUGGCCAACCAUAGAAGAGACCUCUCUGUCAUCCCCAUAGUAGGCCCUGGGGGCGUCGGCAAGACCGCUCUCGCCCGUCUCGUCUACGACGACGCCACCAUUAGAGACCACUUCGAUGCCCGAGGUUGGGUAUAUCUGUCAGAAGAUUUCGAUCUUAUCAGACUAAUAUCAGCAAUUGUUGUCUCAGUAACAAACAUGAAACAUAUUUAUGUUGAACAAGAUCACGGGAAACCUCUGAAGUGCCAGAUAUUGAGAGGGAAGAGAUUCCUGUUAGUGCUAGAUAAUGUUCAGAAUGAGAACCAAACCCUUUGGAAUUCCUUGAGAGCCCUAUUAAGUGUAGGUCUUGAAGGCAGUGCAAUUGUAGCGACGACUCGUAGUGAAUCAGUUGCCAAGUUCAUGCAGACUGUGCUGUCCUACAACCUCAUCCCAUUACCUGAAGAGGAGUGUCAAUUGUUGUUUGAACAUCAUGCGUUUGGAAGCCAAAAUCUUACUGGUAACCUAAAUUUAGUUGCUAUUGGGAAGAGGAUCACAAAAAAACUCAAAGGCAUGCCAUUGGCAGCUAAGAUGAUCGGUAAACUUCUAUGCACUGAGAAAAAUGAGGAGAAAUGGCAUGCCAUCUUGCAGAGUGGUGUUUGGGAAUCCACUGGUUUGGAUGGUGUGGUUUCAUCAGCUCUUAGACUAAGCUACUAUGGUUUGCCUACAUGUUUGAGGGUAUGUUUCACGUACACCGCAUUGUUUCCCAAAGGAUACCUGUUCAAGAAGGAUCGACUGGUUCAGCUGUGGAUGGCCCAGGGUUUUAUCCAACCUAUGGGACGAAAACUCCCAGAAGACAUUGGUGUGGAGUAUUUCGAUGAGUUGUUGAGACGAUCAUUCUUUCAGCAAAUAGGGGCUAAUGAACAUGUGUUUACUGUGCAUGACCUAAUUCAUGAUCUUGUGCAAACUAUUGCAAGCAAGGAAAUAUGUAGGAUAAAGAACGAGAAUUUUAGCUUUGUUACCUCAGAAGCAAGACAUUUAUCGUUGUGUCCUGAAGAACUUGGGCCAUUCAUUCGCUCCUGCAACAGACCCAGGGUUUUACGAACCUUUCUAAUUGUGCAUAGAGUAUUAGAUACUUGUGAUGUUGACUAUGUGUGGAGCAAAGCUUGCUCACCUUUGAGUAUGCCGAAUGACCUUUUUGUUGGCUUGAAGUUCUUGCGCACUCUGGAUCUGAGUGAAACCCCUAUUGUAAGUUUGCCAGAAUCAAUCGACAGCAUUAUACAUUUGCGCUACCUUGGUCUCAGACAUACAAAAAUUAGAAGAUUACCUGAAUCUUUGUGUGGCCUUUACAAUCUGCAGCCGUUGGACCUGAGAGAUAGUGAGAAACUAGAAGAAUUGCCCAAAAGCAUAACAAAUGUCACCAACCUGCGUCAUCUUUAUCUGCCAAGAUAUGUUUCAAUUAUUCCAAUGCCACAGGGAAUUGGAAAGUUGACUAAUCUUCAGACACUAUCAACAUUUUAUGUUGACCAUGGAGAGCAAAACUGUGCAAUAAUGGAGUUGAAGGACUUGGUAAAUCUCAGAGGAAAAUUCGAGAUUGCUGGACUGCACAACGUGGCAAGUGUAGACUAUGUCGAGGAUGCUUUAAAGGAUCUAAGACACAUUGCAAAACUGAUUCUGUCCUCUGGCAUCAAUUAUGACUAUGGGAACCUUGGUGAAUUUGAUUUCAGCCUGUUUGACAGAGUUGUUGAGGAUAACCAAUCAUUAAGCAACGUGCAUGAUGAGCUUCAGACUUCCACAGAAAAUGUUGUACAAGUCUCAGUACCUAAAGAAAUAUGUAAUGGUUUGGAGACGACUGUUUUUGACAAACUUCGUCCUCAUACAAAUCUGAUGGAGCUGGUUGUGCGUUCUUACCACAGUUUGCAAUUUCCCAACUGGAUGGGCGAUGCUUCCUUUUCCAAUUUAGCCUCUGUUGAACUUGAAUUUUGCAGCAAAUGUGAAGUCCUCCCACCACUAGGCCAGCUGCCACUGCUCAGGCACCUUGCUUUUAAUGAGUUAUCAGGCUUAGAGAACAUAGGUCAGGAGUUUUGUGGCCAUGAUGCUAUGAUCAGGAUUAAGGGGUUUCCCUCUCUGGAGACGCUUCAAUUCAGAAGUAUGUACAGGUGGCAGGAAUGGUCUUAUGUAGAGGAUGGUUCAUUCCCUCGCCUUCGUCAUCUUGAGUUGAAUUAUUGUCCUAAGUUAAGGAGAUUGCCACACAUCCUCCCUUCAUUAGUGAAUUUGGUAAUUUGGCACUGCCCAGAGCUGAUGGCCCUCCCAAUGCUACCAUCACUUACAAGGUUGGAAGGCUGUUGUAAUGAGAUGAUAUGGUCCUCCAUGCCCCAAGAUCUGAUCUCCAGGCUUCAGGACCUGAGUAUUUGUGAAUCUGAGGACCUAGCAUCCUUGCCGCUAGAAAAUCUUCAUGCAAUCAGAGAGUUUAAUAUUUCAAGCUGCCAGCAAAACACAAGCCAUGUUGCAUUCUUGGAGUUACAUCUGCUUAAUCUUGUCUUUCUCAAACGCUUCAAAAUCAGAAGAUGUCCUGGCAUCUGGUUCUCACCAAAUCAUAAGCUGCCGCCUGCACUUCAGGUUCUGGAGAUAUUGAAUUGUCCCUUGCUGGAAGAAUGGUGCCACGGACAUGGGAGUAAUGAACUAGUUCACAUUUCUCGACUAAUCAUUGAUCAGAAAGAUUUCCAUCUGGUUGCUGCAGAGCGAACCAAAGAUGCUGAUCAGGGAAUAUAUGAAGACAGUUGAAAAGGAUAGAAUAUCUGGACGCUGAAGUGUUUUAACCCUUUUAAUUUGGCAUCUAGCUGUAAGUCUUCCUUCCGAGAGCCAACCAAAAUUAUUACCAUGCUUGUUGUGCUAGCACCUGUCUGCUCUAAAAAACUAGUAUAGUCGGCAUUCUUCUGGUGCUUCAAUGUGCCAGUUAUCUAAAUAAGUGCCCAAUGAUGAUACAGCAUUUUAGUGUUGGAAAGGUCAGAAAUAAGAUAACCUUAUGGCAUUUGGUGUUGGAAAGGUCACAGCAGUCGCCCUUGUUUCACUUGUUGAAUGUCACUGGAUUUAGUUGAUUUCUUGUCAUUGAACAUUAUGUUUCUUGUGGCUUAAAGUUAACUCAUUCAGAUUUCACCAUCA